AUGCACGAAGACCACCUUCUGAGGGGUUCUUCGGUCUCCCCUAUCCAGUCGCUUAUUGCUGGCUCAAUAUCGGGUGCUGUGGCUAGAGCUGUAACUGCCCCGUUAGACACCAUUAAGAUCAGACUCCAGUUGGUGCUGUUACAAGCCGAACCAGUUACUGGAACUCGCUUGAUAGCCAACAUUUUACGCAGCGAGGGUGUCGGUGCCCUAUGGAAGGGCAAUGUUCCCGCUGAAUUCCUCUAUAUUUUGUACGGUGCAUCGCAAUUCACGUCGUAUUCCAUGUUGAACGAAAAUCUCGGGGAUCUUCAAGAGAAGAUGGACAUCACUCUUCCGAAACUGUUACAUCUGUUUCUCGUGGGUUGUGGGUCAGGAGUUUUCAGCACCUUCAUUACUUAUCCGUUUGACUUGCUCCGGACACGUCUUGCAGCAAAUGACUCCUCUGAGUUUUUAUCCAUGACAAGAACUUGCAAGGAAAUUCUAAACCUAGAGGGCAUUGCGGGCUUUUAUGCGGGAAUCAAACCGUCCAUGUUGUCCAUCGUUACUUAUUCAGGUUUUUUCUUUUGUACAUAUUCUUUGUCCAGAGACCUAUCCAAACACAUUGAGAAGGCAUACCAUCACCAAAUUUGGGGUGUGGAGGCAGUGUGCGGAUCUGUGGCUGGUGCAACAUCUAAGGCCAUCACAUUUCCGCUAGAUACAAUCAGAAAACGCUUACAAGUGAUGCCUCACAGCAGUGCAUGGUCAAUGCUCGUAUCUCAUUGGAAACUCCACGGGGUCAUCGGGUUUUACCGUGGAUUCGGCAUUAGUCUUCUUAAGACCGCUCCAACAAGUGCAUUAUCUAUCUCAGUAUAUGAGUAUGCCCUUCGAGCGACACAGAAAGUGACAAAGGCUUUUUGA